AAUUUCUCGAGACGCACGCAAAACAUAUAAAAGCUGUGCAUUUCGACCAAGGUGAUCAAUGAGUGGGCGCAUUCAAGUUGAAUAUGAAGAAACUGAGGAAUUAGGCAAAAGACUCUCAGAAAGUUUAUAAUAGUUUAUGUUAACGAAUAGAAGCUUGCUUGAUACACACAAGCGGCCAAAUCCAUAUCCUGUUAAGUGAACGAUGGGCGUGCGAGGUUUGUUUACACUGAUAGACGACAACAAGGACGUCCUCCUUGAUGAUUUCAAACUUCAUGACACUCGACUCCUCAUUGAUGGCUCAAAUCUAUACCACUACCUAUACACAUUCUAUCAUGUGCCAGGCGAGUAUGGCGGGAACUACGACACUUAUGCAGAAAAGUGUAAAUCAUUCUUUACUGCACUCCGGGCAUGUAAGGUGGAGCCGUACGUUGUCAUGGAUGGAGGGUAUAACCCAGAUAACCGAAAAUGGAAUACUGUGAUACAACGAAAGGCGUCAAGAAGAGAGCGCGCUGGUCUGAUAUGUGAGAACGGCCCUGGGGCAGCCGAGGAGCAAGUUCUACCGAUUUUAUGUGAAGAAACUUUCCGCCAUGUUCUGCGUGAGCUUCAGAUACCACACGUUACUUGUCCAUAUGAGGCAGACAGAGAAUUAGCAGUGUUGGCCAAUAGAUGGAACUGUCCGAUUCUUAGUAAUGAUAGCGAUUUCUUUGUUUUCAAGCUGGAAAGUGGGGUUAUACCUUUCGGACAUAAAAGUACAUAUUAUCUUGACAUAAAAUUGCGGCUCUAUAAUACCCAGACGAAGCAGGCUUCCCUGCUGAAACCAGCGACUUUACCAACCGACCAAGAGUUUGUAUUCAUUUCUGUAAAAAAAUACCACUACGAAAGUUUAACUAAGAGAGUCUCCGGGUCAUUGGAGUUCCUUCCAAUUUUCGCUACAUUUAGUGGUAAUGAUUAUGUAGAUAAAAGUCAUUUGAAGGCUUUCUACACAGCAAUAUGCAAGCAGUAUAAAGAUAAACCUCUAAACCUGAGGGCCAAGGCUCGAAUGACGUCAAUAAUCCAUUGGUCAAUGGGCGUACAAUUGGAUGAAAAUGCUAUUCAAUACGUAUUGCAACAUGUAGCAGACCUAUCUUCCGGUCAGAAAUCGGAACUGCGAGCCGCCAUUCGCUACUCUAUAGAUAGUUACACAAACAUCAACGAAUUCGCUACCAUGGAUGUGGCCAAAUUCUUCGGUUCAAACACAAGUGACAUAUCGAUUCUCGAUCUUGAAACGCUGAUUGAUUACGUCACUAAGCAUCCAUUGCCAGCUUGGUGUUCAGAGAUGUUAAGAACCUGCAAAAUAGCAACUUUUCUGCAGAAUGUGGCUGUAAACCACAGAGUGAUUUUCGAUUGCCAGAUUGAACACUUGGCUGAACCUUCAACGUAUGCUUGCUCCAGAUACAUCAGAAGUGUCCUCUAUGGCUUAAAAACCUCAUUCAUUAGGACAAAACCUAAAGACUCGAAAGUCAAGGCAGACAAUCUAGAAGAUUUAAAAGGCACAAGGAAAAGUUGCAUAGAAGAGAGCGACAGACAGAAAGGCGAUAGGGUGAAGGUCUAUAUCAAGCCUACGACGGAGGUUUUUUACGGAUCUCAAUCGUUGAAAGUUCCAUCGUUGCAAAAUGUCCCAGACAGAACCACAGAGGAGAGGCUAAACAUCAUGUAUGGCACUUUAGGGCUGAAUUCUGAAUUAACCGAAACCAUCUCUAGCGACCCAUGUACUACGUUCCUAAUAGGUGUCCUACGCUUUUGGUGGACAAAUGCAGAACCGAAGGUUACAGAGAACCAUUUGAGCGCCGCUGUUAUUGGCUUGAUUUUUUUGCACGCUGAGGUUAUUGUUGAGGUUAUGAAAAAGAAUUCCGAUGCAAGUGAAACAGUCAAUCUACCAGGUUUGGUUUCAAGUAUCGUAAACGCAAUUGAAAACCAAGGUAACACUCAGGUGAUUGAGUUUGCUAGUAAAAUGGCUAUUCAUCGAAACACACCAACUGAUCAAGCAUCAUGGGGAAUCAACGAAACCAAGAUAAUUCACGGCUUCUCACAGUUACAGACCUGCUUUCUGAGCGCACUGUACCUAAAUCAUGCCAUGAUGUCGCCAGUGGACCUUCCUAGCCCUGGCGUUCUUUUCAAUUUUACGUUCAUGUACAACGUUUGCAGAAACCUUGGGACAUCUGAAAUCACCGAUUGUUCAGAAAUGUUCCAUUUGGAAUCAUCGCUUUAUGCGUUGUUUACUUUGUGGAAAACUGCUGUCAAAUCAACCGAGCCUGAUGUGCCCAAAGGCGGUGCUGCCCGGUAAAUCUACGAGAGAACAAAACACGGAAAAUAAUCAAAUGUUUGGAUUAUAUCGUUACCAGCAUAAAAACCUUUACAAACAGUCCUCAGUUGAAUGAAAUAAUAUUUACUUUUGAUAUAAUGUUUUAACUGGCAUUGAUUUUCUUGAACAAUCUAAAUGAAAACGCUAAUUCAAACGUGAUUUGUUUAAAGUUAGGCUUGCUAAGAAUGUUCCAGCGUGUGACGUCUCUUUCUUUAAAAGUUUUCUUGUAAUUAUAUGGAAGAAGACUUUAGCAAAUUUAUGUUGUGUUUGUAUUUUUAAUAAUGUUUUCUUUGUUUGGUCCCAGUUUUAGUACAAUGAUGCUUCUUAUUAUGAUACUCUAUGAGCACACAGUUUCAAACCUUUUAUUUGGCAGACUUGUGUGAUGUUCAUAGUUUCAAACAAUUACUGCAUCUUAUCUUUGAAAUGUUUGUGCAUUAGUAACUCUGAAUUGUAUUCCUUCAUAGAAGUACUUGGGAUAAACCUAUUAGUUUUUAUUAUUAUUUGCUUUAUUAUUAAGUUGAUGCAUACUUUGAUAAGAUUUACUAUUUACGUUUUAACUUUAUUCGGGAUUGCUGGGUGAAGUUGUGCACACACACUGGUUUAAACCCCCAGUAAAUUUACAUUUUACUGCCCGUUCCAAUGCGGUACUUAACAACCUUUGAUGAACAAGCCUAGUUUUUAUAUAGUAAACUAUUAUUAUGUACUGUGUUGUUUGUGGAGUAUUGUGCUGUUGUUAAAUGUUUCUGGUUUGUGUUUUUGUGUUUUAUGUCUUUGGAGUUUACCCUGUGCCAUUAAACGGGGUUUAUGUUUAAACCUAUGUUGUUCAUAUAUGUUUAUAACUUAAAUAAUUAAUAAGUUGUUGUCCCCAUGGAAUCAGAUGAAUACUUUUAAGUAAUCAUGAUGCUUGACACAUGCUGAUUAAGUUUGUUCAGAUAUGUAAAAGGCUAUUGCCGAUGAAAAAUUGGACAUAUAAUGACCAAACUUUUGAUUUUAAGAAUGAUUCUAAUUACUAAUCAACUGUUUUAAUUUUACUGGUAAGUUUUCUUUAAACCAAGAACAUUAAAAAAUUGGUGAGGCAUUAACUGUGCCAAAUGUCUGAUUCUAUGAAUGUAAUAAGUACGAUCUUAAAUCAUUUGCAGGCAUUUUUAAACCACAUUGUUGAAAAGAAAAACUGGGUAGCAAAUGUAAAAAGAAGUAUUUGAUUCCUUAUGAAUGUGUUAAUGUGAAUUCAUUAUUUUGUGAAUUCAUCAGUAGAAUAUCUGAUUGGACUGCGCAGAUCACAAAAUAAAUAAAGGUGGAUGAACUUG